GCAGGGGGAAUGUUUGGGAGCUUUUUUGGGAAAACUUGUAAUGCCACGUAGUCGACGCAUUUCUUUGGGUAGUUAAGAUAAGAUGUUUAACUAACUACGUUAGGUUAGUUUUUUUUUGCACAGUUUUGCAGGGAGUAUAUUUUUUUAGUGUUCAGGUAAAAAUAGGUUAUUUAGUAUUUGUAUAAGAUGAUGCUGGAGCUGUGCUUUCUCUCUGCAUUGCUGUUCUGUGUCCAUGGAGCAAAACUUCCCGAGCCAGAGGUUAAAAUCGAGGUUAUGUACAAACCUUUCCUGUGCCACCGAAAAACCAAAUACGGGGACAUUCUGUUAGUGCACUAUGAGGGAUUCCUAGAGAGUAAUGGCACUUUGUUCCACUCCAGCCGUCAGCAUGGUGAUAAAAACCCAGUGUGGUUCACACUGGGGAUCCGGGAGGUGAUCAAGGGCUGGGACAAGGGGCUUCAGAACAUGUGUGCAGGGGAGAAGAGGAAGCUAACCAUCCCCCCAUCUCUGGCGUACGGAAAGGAAGGCAAAGGAAAAAUCCCACCAGAGAGCACCCUGAUCUUUGAGAUCGAGGUCAUGGAGAUCAGAAAUGGCCCUAGGUCACAUGAGUCUUUUCAGGAGAUGGAUCUCAAUGAUGACUGGAAGCUUUCCAGAUCAGAGGUGAAAGAGUAUCUGCGGAAAGAGUUUGAGAGGCAUGGGUAUCCUGCCAACGACACCCAUCACGAGGCCAUGGUGGAGGACAUCUUUAAGAAAGAAGACGAGGAUGAGGACGGUUUUAUAUCUUCUCGAGAGUUCACAUACAAACACGAUGAACUAUAGGAACCAUUCACUUUCCUGAGAUACAGUUCCCUCCCUUAGCAAUGUUCAAAUUCAGAGAGACUCAACACUAAACACAGCCUGUUACAUUGGAAAAAUGAUAUAUUGGCAAGUGAAAGAAUUUUUUAUACAAAUAUUUUAAGAUAAUUUAACUUAUUUCUAGACAGUGUUUACCAGUGUUAAGUCAUUUUGUUUGAUAAAAUGGUCUUAGUAUUAUUUAUGGUGCAUACAUUCUUUUGAACCAAGCAAAAUGAUCUAAUAAUAAUAGAUAAAUCUAUUAAGUCCACAGAGGGCCAUAUUGGUUUGGCCAUAUUGAAAACUUGCAGACCAUUUGUGGACAAGCUUGAACUGUCCUGUUCUUGACAAAAUUACAAAUAUGACUAAGAAAUAAUUUGAAUUGUCUUGCCAAUAUUUAUAUUAUUAUUAUGAUCUUAUUAUAAUUAUUAUAAUUAAUAACUGUCUGUGUAGUAUAAAUAGAUUUGCAGUAAAAUGCAAUAUUUGAGAAUAGAAUGGAGAUUCCUGUCAAUAUGAAUACGUAUUACAGCAGUGAAGAAAUAUAUACAGUACAGGCCAAAAGUUUGGACACACCUUCUCAUUCAAUGCGUUUUCUUUAUUUUCAUGACUAUUUACAUUGUAGAUUCUCACUGAAGGCAUCAAAACUAUGAAUGAACACAUGUGGAGUUUUAUGUACUUAACAAAAAAUGACCUGGCCUCCACAGCCACCGGACCUGAACCCAAUCCAGAUGGUUUGGGGUGAGCUGGACCGCAGAGUGAAGGCAAAGGGGCAAACAAGUGCUAAUAAACACCUCUGGGAACUCCUUCCUUCAAGACUGUUGGAAAACCAUUUCAGGUGACCACCUCUUGAAGCUUAAUGCGAGAAUGAUGCCAAGAGAGUGCAAAGCAGUAAUCAGAGCAAAGGGUGGCUAUUUUGAAGAAACUAGAAUAUAUAUAUAUAUUUUUUAGUUAUUUCACAUUUUUUUGUUAAGUACAAAACUCCACAUGUUCAUUCAUAGUUUUGAUGCCUUCAGUGAGAAUCUACAAUAUAAAUAUUCAUGAGAAUAAAUACAUUGCAUUGAAAAAGAGGUGUGUCCAAACUUUUGGCCUGUACUGUACUCUACAUAUAUAUAUAUAUAUAUAUAUAUAUAUAUAUAUAUAUAUAUAUAUAUAUAUAUAUAUAUUUUUUUUUUUCUUUUUAUCUGUUCUCAGAUAUCAGAGGCCAAUUCAUUUCAUUGCUGUCUAGCCUCCAUGCACUGAGAAGAGGUGUGUGAGCCAUAUUGUUCUAACAGUAAGUUCCUGUUGAAAUAUGGAGCUUACGGGAUAUUUCAGACCAAAAUGUACUUUUUGCUGUUUUUCUACCAUGUGCGUUACUUAAGAACUAAAUGAGCUUUUUUGAAAAAUAAAAAAAAUGUUUUAUCAGUGA